CUCACACAAGGAGGCAUCUUUCUCUCAUUGAGCAGUUCCACUUCCUGGUUGAGCCGAGGCGCCACCUCCUGCCAAUCCCUGGAACUUCGCCGACAUUCACCCGCGAAGCAGCGGCGGCGGCACCUUUGGAAAUGGGAGAAGUGACCGGAGAGUAGCAGGCCCGAGGCCCGAGGCCCAGGCCCACCGAGCCGGGCCCAGGAGGCGCCGCGAUGAGGGCCCGGGAGGCGCUGACGAACGCGGCCACACUCGCCUCCUACAGCGCGGGGCUGCAGGUAAUGUUUCGGGUGCUGACCUUCAUCUUGAAUGGCUAUACAUUGCGCUACGUAUCCAAGGAGACUAUUGGUGUUGUCAAUGUGAGACUCACGCUGCUAUAUUCUACAGUUGUUUUCCUUGCCAGAGAAGCCUUUCGGAAGGCUUGCCUAAAUGUUGGUGUGGAGCGGAAGUGGACCCAGAUUAUAAACCUGCUCUGGUUAACGGUUCCUCUGGGGGUAUUCUGGGCUUUGCUCAUGGCCUGGGUGUGGCUCAAUUUGGUGGCAAUCCCAGACCCAGCAGUUAUACCUCACUAUGAGGUUGGAGUGGUGGCAUUUGGGUUCUCUGCUGUGGUGGAACUCCUCGCUGAGCCUAUGUGGGUGCUGGCUCAAGUGCAUAUGUUGGUGAGUGUAAAGGUGAUUGCUGAAAGUCUGGCCAUUGCUGUGAAAUGUGUAUUGACGGUGGUGUGCAUCACUCUGGUACCACACUGGGGUCUCUACGUAUUUUCUCUGGCUCAGAUCCUGCACUCCUUCACUCUCCUUGCGUGCUAUCUGCUGUAUUUUAUGAAAUUUAUCGGCUCAAGGGAAGCACAGAGGAAAUCUUUCCCCCUCACUUCAUUGACUGACUUACUGCCCAAACCUCUGCCUCGCCAGCAUGUCAUUGAUCUACAACUGGCCAAACUGACAUGGACUUUUUACAAACAAUCUAUGCUCAAGCAGAUCCUAACAGAAGGUGAACGAUAUGUCAUGACAUUUCUCAAUGUACUCAAUUUUGGAGAACAAGGUAUCUAUGACAUUGUGAAUAACCUGGGCUCACUGGUGGCUCGAUUCCUGUUCCUUCCCAUUGAGGAAAGUUUCUACAUUUUCUUUGCCAACGUUCUUGAGCGAGGAAAGGAUCCCAGGCACCAGAGGGAGGAGGACGUUGGUCUGGCAGCACUCGUUCUGAAGAUGCUUCUGAAGAUGGUGUUCCUGAUCGGAAUGACCAUCUCUGUCUUUGGCUAUUCCUAUUCUCAGCUGGCGCUGGACAUCUAUGGUGGAUCAUGGCUCAGCUCGGGACCAGGACCUGGUCUCUUGCGUUGUUAUUGUGUCUAUGUGUUGCUGUUGGCUGUUAACGGAGUGACUGAAUGUUUCACAUUUGCUGCAAUGAGCAACCAGGAGGUUAGCAGGUAUAACUUUGUGAUGCUGGCUCUGUCUCUGUCAUUCCUUGGCCUUUCGUAUUGCUUAACUUGGUGGCACGGAGCCAUUGGCUUCAUUUUAGCAAACUGUUUGAACAUGGGAUUACGAAUUACUCACAGUCUCUGGUACAUCCGUCGUUACUUCCGGUCCACUGAACACCGGCCCCUCAGAGGCCUCCAGCUGGCCACACCUUUACUCCUGGUCUACCUCACUAGUGGAGUAGUGACUGUUAUCUCUCAGGCUGCGUUGUGUUGUGACCAAGGUCUAUUUUCCCGCUCGCUUCACGUUCUUUUUGGGGCCAUUUGUUUACUUGCGGUGGUUGUGGCAAUCGUCUCCACUGAGCCCAAGCUUGUACAAUUCAUCAGAGCUCACUUUCUCUCUCGGGACAAAACUGAAAUCGUGAAAUGGGAAUGAAAGCAGUCGAGUGAAUCGAGAGAGCAGAAGACAAACAAUGCCAACAGACUUGCCUGCAAGUGGGUCACACCACAGCAUUGGAUGAAGGAUUGUGUGGACAAGACCCCACCCCGUUGCAACCCACUGGAAUAAAACACUGCCGCCAUGGAAAUAUUCA